GGUCCCCCUUAAAUAUGUUUGUAUAUAACCGCUUGGCAUUUUUCCAGCUGAGUCUAGCGGGCAGACCUAGCAGACCAGCUCACUAUAAAAGGUGGAAGCAACGAAUGCAUCGCCAUCAAAUUCACUUCAAGUGUCUUGAGAAGAACAAAAGCGACCAAUAAACUAUAUCUUGUAAAUUCCAUACGUUUAACUAAAUACUAAAAUACGAAUCAACAUGAACUUCAAUAAAGUCUUCAUCUUUUUGGCUGUGGUGAUUGCCAUUUUCGCCGGACAAACGGAGGCGGGUUGGCUGAAGAAGAUCGGCAAGAAAGUUGAACGUGUUGGUCAGCAUACCAGGGAUGCCGCCGUUCAAGGAAUUGCUGUGGCGCAACAGGCCGCCAAUGUCGCUGCUACUGCCCGCGGAUAAUUUUUAUUGCCAUAUAUUGCAAAUAUUUGAAUUACAGUUAUAAACUCAAAUUUUCCUAAAUAUGUCAUAGCAUUUACU